GCGAAGGUGAAGGCAGCCCCCCCCUCCCAAAAUAUCCCCUACCCUAUCGAGCCAUCGCCAUGGCGACGAAUUUUAACGACAUCAUCAAGCAGGGCUAUGUGAGGAUGAAGAGCAAGAAGCUGGGGAUCUACCGGCGCUGCUGGCUGGUCUUCCGCAAAUCCUCCAGCAAAGGGCCCCAGCGCCUGGAGAAGUACCCGGAUGAGAAGUCGGCGUGCCUGCGGGGGUGCCCCAAGGUCACCGAGAUCAGCAAUGUCAAGUGCAUCACGCGGCUGCCCAAGGAGACCAAGAGACAGGCGGUGGCCAUCGUUUUUACCGACGACUCCGCCCGGACCUUCACCUGCGACUCAGAGCUGGAGGCGGAGGAGUGGUACAAGACGCUGUCGGUGGAGUGCCUGGGCGCCCGCCUGAACGACAUCAGCCUGGGGGAGCCCGACCUGCUGGCGCCCGGCGUGCAGUGCGAGCAGACGGACCGGUUCAACGUGUUCCUCCUCCCCUGCCCCAACCUGGACGUCUACGGCGAGUGCAAGCUGCAGAUCACCCACGAAAACAUCUACCUCUGGGACACGCACAACCCCCGGGUGAAGCUGGUCUCCUGGCCCCUCUGCUCCCUGCGCCGCUACGGCCGCGACGCCACCCGCUUCACCUUCGAGGCCGGACGGAUGUGUGAUGCAGGGGAAGGUCUCUACACCUUCCAGACGCAGGAGGGUGAGCAGAUCUACCAGCGCGUGCACAGCGCCACGUUGGCCAUCGCUGAGCAGCACAAGAGGGUCCUGCUGGAGAUGGAGAAGAACGUCAGGCUGCUGAACAAGGGCACUGAGCACUUCUCCUACCCCUGCACGCCCACGACCAUGCUGCCCCGCAGCGCCUACUGGCACCACAUCACUGGCUCCCAGAACAUGGCCGAGUCCUCCAGCUAUGCUGGGGAGGCGUAUGCAGGUGCCCAGGCCAGCUCGGACGCCGACCUCCUCAACAGGUUCAUCUUGCUGAAGCCAAAGUCCUCCAAAAGCGACAAGCCUGAAGACAGGGAGCCCACAUCUUCCCCAUGAGCUGGUGUGGGGGGACUGUGGCAGGGGUCCCUUUUUUCUUCUCCAAGGGGUGGCAAGGACGCAGGCAGUGACCCCUCAGAAUCUCCAGGAGACUGAGCUGGGGCACCUCGGUGCCAAGACUAGGAAGCAGGCACUGGCUCACGCCCUGGUCUGGUGUUAGUGGAGGCGAUGGCUGGCUCAGCCUCAACUGACUUCAAAUAUAUAUUGAAUUCCUGUAUUGUAAGAGAUAUUUCCUUCUCACAUGAAUGCAAAUGUGGUGGCUGCUGAAGAGCCCUUGGGCAGAUGCCCAGAGGUUUUUGACUCUUAGGGAUCCAACUGGGAGGUGAAGAGAGUUGGGGGGGGGUCAAGAAAUUUGGAGUUUUCUGCGUGGCAGGAAGGAUGGAGCAUCACUCUGCCAUGGCCAUGGAGCAGCGUCGGAGGAUGCAGCUGUGUCAGGCUGAUGGUGCAGGGUCCCACCCCCCCCUGAAGAGCAGGGUGCUUCUGAGGACACCCUGCCAUCCCUGAGCUGAUUUUUGCACUUCUUCAAGCUAUUUAAAUGCUCGCUGUAGAAUUGAUAUGUCUCAGGAGAAACUGGUUUUCCUUCCAGGGGGGUUGACUGGGGUGAGCGGCCAGGCAGAGACGAGCUCCCUGGCAUCUCCCACCCCAACACCCCUCACUUCUCCCACAGCUGUGUCCCCCUGCCAUGCCCCUGGUUUAUGUGCUGGUGGGCAACCAUGGGACUGGUUUUGGCCAGUAGCAUCUGUCUCUCA